CGGAAGAGGAACCGGAAGAGGAACCAGCAGUCGCAGCAUCAGAAGCAGCAGCAGCUCCACCAUCAGAGCCGCUAACGUCCUCCCAGCGUCCACUGGCUUUUUAGGACUCGCUCCCACACCAGAGAAACAUCUUCGUGUCUGAGAGACGUGACCGGUUCUCCUCCCCCGCACGUGAGCGACCAUGGCUGUGAACGUGUACUCCACCUCAGUGACCAGCGACAACCUGAGUCGCCAUGACAUGCUGGUUUGGAUCAAUGAGUCUCUACAGAUGAACCUCACCAAGAUCGAGAUGCUGUGCACAGGUGGAGCCUACUGCCAGUUCAUGGACAUGCUGUUCCCCAACUCGGUGCCUCUGAAGAAAGUGAAGUUCGGGGCCAAGCUGGAGCACGAAUACAUCCACAACUUCAAGCUUCUGCAGGUCUCCUUCAAAAAGAUGGGAGUUGACAAAAUCAUUCCAGUGGACAAACUGGUGAAGGGGAAGUUUCAGGACAACUUUGAGUUCGUCCAGUGGUUUAAAAAGUUCUUUGAUGCCAACUACGAUGGGAAGGAAUACGAUCCGGUGGAGGCCAGGCAGGGCCAGGACGCCGUGUCCUCCUCCAACGCCGCCACCUCAGCCUUCAACAAACCCCCGAAGAAGGCCUUGAAUCCAGCUCCUCAGAGGCCACCCGUCGCCAAGGUGGCGCCUAAGCUGGCUCCGGUGAGCGUGAGGAAGACGGCGAUGGGAGGAGGUGAUGAAGAGAGGACGGAGCUCCUGAACGAGCUGGAGAUCCUGAGGUCCACCUACUCAGACAUGGAGAAGGAGAGAGACUUUUAUUUUGGAAAGCUGCGGAACAUUGAGCUGAUCUGUCAGGAGAAGGAAGGCGAGAGCGACCCGACUCUUCAGAGGAUCAUCGACAUCCUCUACGCCACAGACGAUGGCUUUGUGAUACCUGAUGCUGAGGAGUCAGAGGAGCCAGAGGAGUUUUAAAGCUCCAGACUACAAGCAGCUUGUCUCUGACGCCCUGGUCCACAAACGAGAUCCUUCCUCACGCCCGGUUUGGUUUUUAUAUCCGACACCAAACCUGAUCUGGAUUUGUGGCCCCUCAUCUUCGCCACCUUCUUCUUUCCUGAACCUGACUCCCAACCUGCCGGACGUCUUCCUCACAGCUCCUCCCCUCUUCCACGAAAGGUCUCUGACCAGUUAUCAACAAUCGAGCCUCGGUCACUGCCACUGCUCUCCACACAGCUGCCCCCCCCCCCUCUCCUGGAAUCCCAACCGUCCCCAAACCAGAUAGUGAUUUACAUAUCGGGCUUUAGAAAUGGAAGUCCAUGUGAUAAACAGUGAUGUUCUGUGUGUGUGCGUGUGUUAAAACAUUUGAAACAAAUCAAACAUGACUAACUCGGCUGUCGAGUCACAGACCACUUUGUCCCAGACGUCCCCGGCUGCGUGUGGUCCCCCCCCCCCCCCCGUCAUGCAGUUUAUUAAUUUGGAAAAUAAUGAGGGGAAAACCCACACUCCCCACAGAAGCUGAGUUUAAUAUCGAUCGUAGCAAUCUUUCCAGCUGGUGGUGAUUUCAGACGUCCAGUAUCAUUGGAUGAGCAGUUUGCAGAAAGUUAAACGUAGAAGAUAUGAAGGAAUCGAACCUGUGGGCUCGGGGUCCGGUCUGUGACCAGGCAGCAGGCGGGUUCUUCUCGGCCUUUUUUCCACCUGUGAUGAAUUUUCUCCGUGUUGAUUUUGUCGUGUUCAGCUUCAAAUGAGCUUUUGUAAAUUGAUGCUCGUAAAUUGAUGCCCCCCCCC